UCAUCCACCUGCUCAACACCCAUCGCCCUGGCCGUGCAGCACUACGAGCAAUCCAAGCCCUUCAACUACGUGAUGGACCUUCUGAACAUGGUGUUCACCGGGCUCUUCACUGUGGAGAUGGUGCUGAAGAUCAUCGCCUUCAAACCACGGCAUUACUUCUGUGAUGCCUGGAACACCUUUGAUGCCCUGAUUGUGGUGGGCAGCGUGGUGGACAUCGCCGUCACUGAGGUCAACAACGGGGGUCACGUCGGUGAGAGUUCAGAGGACAGCUCUCGUAUCUCCAUCACCUUUUUCCGCCUCUUCCGAGUCAUGAGGUUGGUGAAGCUGUUGUCUAAAGGUGAAGGCAUCCGCACCCUGCUAUGGACCUUCGUCAAGUCCUUCCAGGUGGGACAAUGGGGACAACAGGAGGGAUAA